UCCGAACGAGAAAAAGGAGAACGAGAGGGAAGCGCAGACAGUAAACAAAGUAACAAACCAUCAAAGCCGCCACCCAAUGCCCGGCUCCAAGGCCAAAAAGCUAAGCUCCCUCUUCCGCUCAGCCGUCAAAAUCACCACCUCCAAAGCCUCCUCACCUGAAGGGAACGCAACCCUAAAACACUUCGUCUCUUCGCUCGACACGACCUCCCCCACAGCCUCCGCUUUCAAAGUCCUCAAACGAUGCUCCGUUAUGUCCCCCAAACCCUCAGCUCUGUCAAAAAAAUCUACGCUCCCCAGCCUCGAGCUCGACGCAGCCUCAGAUACCGUAGAGGAUUCGACGAAGCAGUUGUCAGAGGAGAUAUCUCAUAUAUUGUGCGGUGGUGCUUUAGAUAGUUCAGCUGAUUUGCAAGGAACUGAUGAUGUACACUCUUUAAAAAAGGUUCUGGAUAUACCAUGGUUUUCGAAAUUGUCUCACCAUGGCAUAUCACGACAUAGGAAAGAUGUAUCUCGUGCAAGGAAACAGAAAUGGAUUUACAAAAGCUCCCAUGGGAAUCGCUUUAACCGGUUAGUUACAAUGUGCGGACAGAAACUAGGAAUGGAGGCUACUAUGCAGGUAUUUGUUAAAUUGGGACGAGAAACAGGUGUCAAAGAAUAUAACGCAUUGAUAAGAAUAUGUAUAGAAAAGGCCAGGACAAGUAAUGAUGAAGACAUUACAUUAGAACAGACACACAAGGUGUUUAGACUUUUUGAAUCAAUGGGAGAACGGGGUUUCCAGAUAGAAGAAGCAACUUAUGGUCCAUUUCUAAUGUAUUUAAUUGAGAUGGGUAUGGUACAAGAAUUUCAUUUUUUCUGUGAAGUUUUUAGAAAAUGGAAUCCUCACCCAAUUUCAAGAUUAGGCUACUAUGAGAUGCUGUUGUGGAUAGGAGUAAACAAUGAAGAAAAGAUUCGUGAGAUUUGUAAUUACAUUGCACUUGAUGACGGGGAAGACAAGUCCAAUUUACGAGAUAAUUGUUUGUUAGCACUUUGUGAAAGCGACAGGAAGAUGGAGCUUUUGCAGCUAUUGGAAAUUGUAGACAUAACAAAGCUUUCACCCCCAGAUUAUGUCACAAAUAUAUUUAAAUCAUUCGGAAGGCUAUUAUUAGAGUCUUUUGCUGAGAAAUUCCUUGUGGCAUUCAAAACCUGUGAUUGUGAAGUAGAAAACAUCUCAAAAUUCAUCUUUAGUUAUGCUGUUAGCAUUCCAAAUUUAGUGGUUGAGGAUGUUGUUUCAAAAUUUAAAAACUUCCAUGCGAAAUUGGAAGUGGCACCUUCAUCCACAACAUAUGAGGAGCUCAUCACAUAUUGUUGUGAUUCACUCAAGGUGCAUGCUGCUCUUGAUCUAGUUGAUGAAAUGUGUGAAGUGGGGUUGACCUUAUCGCUGGAGGCUUUACACUCUGUUUUACAUGCUAUUGAAGAGAGCUUUGACUUUAAUUUGGUACACCGUAUCUAUUCAGUGAUUUGUCGCCAUGAUAUGAAGCCAAACAAUGAAACCUUCAGGAUCAUGAUAAGUUUGUGUGCAAAAAUGAAAGAUUUUAAGGGUGCAUAUGGCAUGCUUAAGGAUUUGGAGAAAAUUAAUUUGACACCUACAGCUGGCAUGUACAAUGCUAUAAUGGCAGGAUAUUUUCGAGAGAAAAACACAUAUGGAGCACUGAUGGUUCUCAAGCAAAUGAAACUUGCAGAUGUAAAACCAGAUUCACAAACAUUCAGCUAUCUGAUAAGUCAUUGUGACCGUGAAGAGGAUAUCAUCAAGUAUUAUGAAGAACUGGAGUGUUUUGGAGUUGCCGUCACAAAGCAAAUUUUCAUGUCACUUAUAAAUGCAUAUGCAACUUGUGGACAGUUUGAGAAGGCAAAGCAGGUUGUCUCAGAUAAAGGAAUUCCCGUUAAGAACAUGAAUGAAAUUAAGAGUGUGCUUGUGUCAGCUCUUGCAUCACAUGGGCAAAUGUCUGAUGCCCUCAACUUAUAUGAAGAAAUCAAGCAAGCUGGAUUCAGUUUGGAACCUAAAGCUGUUAUAAAUCUUAUUGAGCAUCUUCAAUCUGAUGGAGAGUUGGGUAGAUUACUUCAGCUACUCAAGGAACUGAAAGGUCUUGAGCAUUGGGUUUAUGGUUGCUGCAAGGUUAUCUUAUAUUGUGUUCAAUAUAAACAUUUAAGUUCUGCUGUUGAUUUGCUCAAGCAACUCAAGGAUGAAUUAAGUGAUAAUGAAUUAGCUAUGGAACUUGUUUUUGAUAAGGUAUUCUCUCUGAUUGGCGAGUCAGAGCCUACACAUUUGCAGAUUGGACUGGACUUGCUUCGGGUUGUCAAGGAUGAGUUUUGCCUCACUCCUUCCCGGAAGUGGCUUGAUUUCCUUCUCAGUGCUUGCGUCAAUGCCAAAGAUUUGCAGAGUUCCCUUAAGAUUUGGAAGGAAUAUCAAGCUGCUGACCUUCCUUAUAACGUCCUCAGUUUCUUGAGAAUGUAUCAAGCCCUUUUAGCAUGUGGGGACUACAAGUCUGCAAAGAUUAUGCUCAAACAAAUUCCAAAAGAUGAUCCCCAUGUUCGUGUUGUCAUCAAAGCUUGUCAAAAAUGUUACAUUGUUCCGGAUGAUCACAUAAAGAAAAAGAAAAAGAAAAAAAAAGGAAAAAUGGGAGAUAAAGAGAAAAAAAUAAAAUGAUCGGAACCGACGCCUAAUAUUUUUGUUUAUAUUCGGAAAUUACAUCAUUAUCUAAUUCAUUCCAUGAGGGCCAUUUUCACAUAUAUUACCAUGUCUGUAUGAGUUGCUAGACUCUUUAAUUUA